CGUCACGAGACACCAGGAAGCAGCCGAUCCGCGCGCGCGCUCACUGAGAUCCGAGGUUUGGGAGAAAAACGGAAAACCCAAUGGAACACCAAUGCCGACGGUGACGGCCGACGCCAGGAUAGCGGCCACGGGCUCGAAGCGGGGGCAACCCGGCUCUUGUCCCAAGAAAGGAAUCUGCUCCCCGCUGCCCUCCACGGUGGCGCAUCGCCGGCGGGGCUGCACGCUGAGCCCCAACUUUUCCAGGAGCUGACGCUCUCUCUGCAGAAUUGGCCUGAUGGAGCAAAGGCACUCAGCGCAGUUCAGUACAAGAAGGAAACAAUGCGACCAGCAUGCAAACAGCACGGAUCGUACUGGAAACUUGACACAGCACCAGAGAACACACACAGGAGAGAAACCCUUCAAGUGCACUGUGUGUGAGAAGGCAUUUUCAUUGUCAUCAUAUCUUCAGACCCACCAGAGAACACACACAGGAGAUAAACCCUUCAAGUGCAGUGUGUGUGGGAAGGCAUUUUUGUAUUCAUCUACUCUUAAACAACACCAGAGAACACACACAGGAGAUAAACCUUUCAAGUGCACUCUGUGUGGGAAGGCGUUUGCAUUGUCAUCAAAUCUUAAGAUCCACCAGAGAACACACACAGGAGAGAAACCUUUUAAGUGCACUCUGUGUGGGAAGGCGUUUGCAAUGUCAUCAAAUCUUAAGACCCACCAGAGAACACACACAGGAGAUAAGCCCUUCAAGUGCAGUGUGUGUGGGAAGGCAUUUUUUUAUUCAUCUACUCUUAAACAACACCAGAGAACACACACAGGAAAGAAACCUUUCAAGUGCACUGUGUGUGAGAAGGCGUUUGCACAGUCACCACAUCUUCAAAGACACCAGAGAACACACACAGGAGAGAAACAUUUCAAGUGCAUUGUGUGUGGGAAGGCGUUUGCACAGUCAUCACAUCUUCAAAGACACCAGCGAACACACACAGGAGAUAACCCCUUCAAGUGCAGUGUGUGGGAAGGCAUUUUUUUUAUUCAUCUACUCUUAAACAACACCAGAGAACACACACAGGAGAGAAACCUUUUAAGUGCACUCUGUGUGGGAAGGCGUUUGCAAUGUCAUCAAAUCUUAAGACCCACCAGAAAACACACACAGGAGAGAAACCUUUUAAGUGCACUCUGUGUGGGAAGGCGUUUGCAAAGUCAUCCACUCUUCAGACCCACCAGAGAAUACACACAGGAGAUAAACCCUUCAAGUGCAGUGUGUGUGAGAAGGCGUUUUCAGAUUCAUCUGCUCUUCGACGACACCAGAAAACACACACAGGAGAGAAACUCUUCAAGUGCAGUGUUUGUGGGAAAGUGUUUGCACAUUCAUCAAAUCUUAAAAAACACCAGAGAACACGCACGCAUCAGAAAAUCCACAAGAAGUGUAAUCUGAAAUCAGCUUGUGAAAGUCAAUGUGCUGCAAUGACCCCAUUGUUCAUGAAACAAGAACCAGAAGACAAUCGCAGCCUGGACACUUUGAAAGGUAUCAAGGUGAAAUAUGAAGAGGCGAAAGUGAAAUGUGAAGAAGUAACAGUGACGAGC